AAACACCGACCGACCGACCGACGGAACAAGCGUAGCGAUCAAGGGGAGAGGGGAGAGGAGCGAGCGAGAAAGAUGGCGCAGGUGUGGGCGGUGUCCCUGGCCGUGGCGUCGCUCGCCAUCAGCAUGCUCGGGGUGCUCGGCGUCUGGCUCUGCUACCUCUUCGACGCCGUGGCGCGGGGCCGCGCGCCCCGGACCCCGCCGCCCACGCCCCAGGCGGCGUCCGAGGAGGAGGACGAGGAGGACGGCAAGAACGGGCUCUCGGAGGCGGAGCUGAUGCGGCUCGGCGGGGUCGCCGUGCUGGAGUCCACGGAUGGCGGGGAGAAGGAGGAGGAGGGGGAGGCGCUCUGCCCGAUCUGCCUUGACGCCAUGGAGCCCGGCCGCGCCGUACGCGUGCUCCCCGGCUGCAACCGCGCCUUCCACCAGGACUGCGUCGACCGGUGGCUCGCCAUCUCGCCGCGCUGCCCUGUAUGCAACGUCUGGGCCGCGCCGCCGCGGGCGCCCGCGUCCUCGCCGCGGUCGCCAAAGACCGGCUGGGAUUCGUGAGGUGGGGGCGGCGUCUUCUCUGGCGCCUGUGGCGGGUCAGUUCUUGGUUCUUGACGAAUUCUUGGUUGGGUUCUGAUCGUCGAUCAAGAAGCCUUCUUGAUGAACUCUCGUCGGUUUCGCACUUGUGGAGAACGAUUCUUGAUGAAUUCUUGGCGGCUACUUGAUUUUGUGAAGGAUUCUUGGACGGGAUUGCAUGUUCAUCGAUUCGAUCCUCGAAUUCCUGUUCCAGAUCAGUAGGUUUUGCAGGUUUUAUUUCUUAUUCUUGUAACAGAUCAUCACAUUUCGACAGAGUUAGUCUUCCCGAUGAACGAGCUGAAUUGAUUAUGCCAAUGUUUGUGGGAUUGCAUAAUCUGUCUUUGUUUCUAAAGCUUCAGACUAGUUCUUUUGGUCGUUCGUACCCUAGGAAUCCCGGGGUAUGCCCCCUAGCCCGGACUAUCUUGAAUCAGGUAGGUCUGUUUGGGCCGAAAACUUUCCCACUCUGCUCUCUCUGUUCGCUCUGUAAUGCUGGAUGGAACUGGGUAUUUCCGUUUUUAUUAAUGGAAAUGUUGAUGAGCCUCGUAUC